CAUGCCCCACAUUCUCAAACUUACCCCAACUUCGACUGUUCCUGCAUGAAACUCUUCUCCAAAUCGCCUUACACUGUCGAUGCUGCGACGGAAAUCUUCUCUAUCUAAGAUCUAUCCUUGCACAAGCACUAAUCAACCCGAAGAUCGAGCUCUCGACGCCCUUCCCUACCCUCUGAACUACCACAUAUCCCGCUCCAAUUAACCCAUAUCCCGGGAAUCGGGCCACCAGCAUGUUGAAACCUAAUUCCGUAUCUGGUCCUUUUGCCCCCGGCAAACACAUUAUCCCACCACCUCGUUCUGUUUCUCCAGCCACGGCGGAAUACCGGCUCAAUCACCUUAUGCUGAGGAUAAAGGACCCGGAAAAGA